AAUAACACAAAAAACGCUGAAUGCUAUUAAUAAUUUUUAGCAAAAUUGUCUGUUAAUAAAUCAAUAACAACCCUUUUGAAAAAAAAUGCAGGACAUAGAAACUAAAUAAGUUUUUGAAAGUGUCCUCCACUCUUUGAAGUAUAUCUCUGGUGUUUCUUAUUAAAUCGUAGGAAGGUCUUAUACGAUCCUUCAACUCUUCUACAGUGUUAACUGCGGUGCGAUAAACCAAAUUUUUAAGAUGCAACAUAAGAAAAAGUCAAAAGUAUUAAAAUCUGGGGACUUAGGGGAUAAUUUAUUUUACUGCAACACUAGAGUGAGUAGGUCCGCCGUCAUACAUUCUCUUCCUAAUUAAAUAUGGUACUUCUUCUGGCAAUAUUGGCAAAUACUCUUCUAAAAACCGGCGGGUUAGCCUUGGGGCAAUUAAGUAAUUUCCAAAAACUCGUUGAAAAUGGUAUGGGUACAGUAGAAAAUCGUGCAAAAUUUUCCAAACUAAGACGUGCGAGAUAUUCAGAUUAUUUCCAAUUUUUCUAAUACUACGUUCUGGAUCUUCAUCAAUAGAAUUUAAAAUUGCUUUUUAAAUAACUUAUUUCUUACAUACCAAUGGACCCCUUUCAAAUGAUUAUUUGCCCUCAAAGCACCUGUUUCAGUCAACCUUCUAUUAUUUUAUCAUGUUUUAACGAUAUUGUUACGAUGAUGCAGAGAAGAGAUGAGAAGAGAUGAGAAUGAAGAGAAUGUUUUAAAACGAAAAAAAUAAUAAUAAUGAUAAUAAUAAUAAUAAUAAUUAUUGCCCAAGAUUUAGAUUACUUAAUACCAACUAAUAUAGUUACACAUUGUAAGAAUAAUUUUCAUUUUAAGAGAAAUCAGUGGCCUACGAUCAAUCACUGCCAAAAUAGAAAUAUGAAGUUCCGUACGCCCGCCACUGGUGUAUUUAAAAAAAUUUGGUACACUAAAUAAUGCCUCUCCAUACAUAGUACAUGUGUGCCAAAUUUCAUUACAAUAUCUAAAAUGGUAUUAGAGAUAUUAAAAAAAAAUUUUGUUUAAACUUUACCACCCUCUCUGUCAAAACUUAAGACAUUUUGGACAUAUGUUCAAAUCAAGUUUUCGUUUUAAAAUGUACCCAAACACCCUAUACAUAAAUUUUUUCGUAGGACUUUUUUGGGACAUACGGCUAUUAAGUCAGCUAGGUGCCCUCUAAUGAAUUGUAACAUGCAUAUGUGACAUUGUAUUUCAAGAUAAGAUAAAUAAAUAAAUGCAAUAAUUAAAAAAAAAACAUCAGCCAUAAGUUCCAUAUGUUCCAUAUGUAAGCCAUAUGUUCAGGCAUAUUUAAAUCUUGAACUGCGGUGGAUUGACCUGUUUCCGAGUGAGGGUGAAAUCUGCUAAAUCUAUCACAUCCAUAGGUGGUAUUGGUAUUAUUGGUAUUGGUAUUAAAGGGGGGCGCCCUCGCGGGCGUCCAAGCACUUAGGCCACCAGAUGGGCCCGUUGUGCCCCCAGGCCGCUCUAGAGGGCGUCCAGAAUGCCGCCCCUUCUGUAGAAGGUCAGCAACUCCUUUAGCCCAAUACCGUGCACUGAGUCCGGAUCGAUCAGGGCCGUUCCGAAGACUCCCAAUCUUGCACUCGGUGAGCAGAUGAUACGGGGUCUCCUCCCCUUCCAUGCACCACCUACGCUCCGGGUCGUCUCCAAUGCCUAGCAAGCAGAGAUGCCUCCUAAGCCUGCAAUGUCCUGUGUAGGCCCCUGUUAGUGCUCUACACUCCCUCCUGGUCAGUCUAAGCAGCUCCCUGGUCCGAGGAAGGGAUCCAUAGGUGGAAUACUGGGAAAUAAGUUUUGGUACAUCAAAAGACAAUAGUGUUGCGUUAGAAGGGAUUUUCAUAUCUUUAAUUUUGUUCAGUAAUUCAAAAGAUUUUUUUAUUGCAAAUUUUGGUUUAAAAUCUGUGUGGAACUUUAAAAUAUUUACUAAUUUUGUUGAGAGCUUAACUGCUGGAGCUGUUACAUAAGACACGACUGGUCUAAUGGGCAUAUCUUGUUUUUCUUGUAAUUUAACUAAGGAAUAUAAUUUCGGCGGUUGUGGAUUCAUAAUUGUUAAAAAAUACUUGUCUUUGUCACUAAAUAGUGUGAUUUUAGUAAUUACAUCCUUGACUCGUCUUUGAUAUGAUGAUCAAUUAGAUUUAAAUACCUCUCCUUUAAUGCACUUAAAUUCUCACAACAUUAACUAAGGUUUUGUUAUCAUUUUUCGGUAUAUAUAUUAGUAGGUAGUUUGUAAAUAUUACAUUUGAUAAAGACACGGUGUUGUCGAAACAAUUGCCAUGUCAAAAUAUAUAAUUUUGUGAAAAUGUCAACUUUUAGUUGUUAUAUUUAAAUCUGUUCUAUCCAAAAUAUAACCGAAAUUCUUCCAAGCCAUCGGCUAACGGACGUCAUUUUUUAUCAUCAAGUAGGCGCCGGCCUGUCAGGUGGAUCCAAACCAGUGCGGUACCGAAAUUUUCUUCCCAACAGGAGCGCAAUUCACGCCGUAGCGGAAUACACGAAAGUAAUUUAAACAGCAAUCUACCGGCCGAGUGGCAUUGCCUUAUCGGAAUAGUUUAUUUACUUUCCACCUUUAAUGGUAUCGUUACGAGUGGUUCUAUCGCGGUAUCGUGAAUAAUUAUUUUUUAAUAUACUCGCGUGCCCGUAUCGCUAACGACCUUCCUACGCCCGACCGAACAAUACAACACAAACUCGGGCAAUUUAAAAACAAAACCGCCCGUAAUUAAAAGCUUAACGGUGCAAUUAUCAGCUUCCUGGCCGGAUCAGACAUGCGCCAUUUCUGUAUGGUCGGUUCGUUACAACUCGCAAAAAAAAGACGCACUGAAACGACGUCUUAAAAUACCCCUUAGUGGAAGUAACGCGCGAUAUAUUUACAUCAUCCGACGCCCAGAAGUUCGAACCUUCGCGAUAUCUUGUCGCGUUUCUGAUUAGCGUUGUCAUUGUUCCUUUAAUAAUUUGAUUAAAAGUAUAUCUUAUCUCAGGUAAUCGCGAUUAAAUUUAAAGGCGUGUGAAUGGUCGUCAGAGACCCAACAGACCAGUAGAUAGAUGUCGCAUCGUACCGGCAGCGAAAAUGUGCAAAUGCUGUCAAGAAUGUUUCGAAUCGUGUUACUGGCACUUCAUCGAAGAGAGGUUCUGCUUCGACAAAAACAUCGCCCUCUACGAAGAACCCGUAAAAAAGUCAAGCGAAAAAAAUAACAACCUAUUCGACAACAUGGCUUUCUACGAUAGCGUGUCUGUGAUAGCUGGCCGUUCGAUAGUGACGAUAGACCCGAUGCCUGUCAAAAAGAACGAAGCCGUGAUAGAACAGCCUCGGAAGAGGCCGCUCUGGCCGAGUCAUAAUUCGAAAGACCUCGAACCGGAUUAUUUGAAACCUUCGCGUUUGCCAGCAGAAGACAGGGGCAGCGAUCCGAAUUCCACCGACACGGGGAACGAUACGGACACCCAAAGAACUCUGAUCGUCAAGAAAGAACGGAAAAAACUGGACGAGAAAUUCCCGAUAAAGAAAUCCGUGAGCUUUCACAACAUCCCGGACAAAUCGUCGUCGGACGAAUCGGACGAGAAGACGAAAAGCUCGGGGGAAAACCUCUCGAUACCGGAGGAGGACGUGGGCGGCCAACGCAAGAAAUCUCUGCGCGAACGGCGCAUGUCCAAGAGCCUCUAUUUGAAGAUUGACUUCCCGAAAGAGGUGCCCAUCAUCAGGCAGAAUUCCGUGCCGAAAUUUUUCAUGGACUCGCCAGAGGAAAACCAGAUACGCGACUCGUCGCUGACCAAAACUCCGACGACCAUCCUCAAGAGUCCGUUGACGGCCUCUCUGGAUUUCGACUUUGAUCUGUACUCCGUGGUCCAAAUCGAAAAGAGCAGAAUUGCGGAGAACGCUAACAAGGCUCCGCCCGUGCCCAUCCACAAAGAGUCCUCCAAACUCAGCUUGAUUAAAGAUAAGAUGAAGCUGAAGAAGAGCAAGAGUACCCUUAGCGCCAGCAAUUUGCCGUACACCAGUCAUAUGUAAUAAUAAUUAGCAUUAAGCUCACGUUUGUGUGUCUGUGUAAAUAUGCGUAAUAUAGAGUAA